AUGACUCUCAAACUCUCACAGUCCUGUUCAGCCUCGGUGAGAUGGCUGAGUCUGGGCUACAAGAAAGCAGUACUGGCAGGGACCGUCGCUGUGCCCACCAUCUGCGCUGAGCCAGAUUUUGUGGUCACCUGGAGGACAACUGUGAGCAUCUGGUGUCAGGGAAUCUUUGAGGCUCUGGAGUAUCAUCUGGAUAAAGAAGGAAGCCCGUCACCCUUGUAUAGACAGACUUCACCAAAGAACAAAAACAAGGUCAAUUUUACCAUCUCCUUCUUAGCAGAUCAUCAUGCAAGGAGGUAUCAUUGCUACUAUCUGAGCCCUGCUGGCUGGUCCAAGCGUAGCGACCCACUGGAGCUAGUGGUGACAGACUCACAUUCCCAGGACCACAGCGUGGAGAAUAUCAUUCGAAUCACUUUGGCUGCUUUGGUUCUGGUGAUUCUUGGAAUUCUGCUGUUUCAUGCAGAGAAGGACAUCAGAGCAUAAUGGUUAUAUUUAGGCAAGAAAGAGGACUCAUGCAAUGGAAGAUAGUUGAAUGACGGAAAGAAUACAAGCAAUGCACAAUGAUACA